GACGUUUGGUGAGGAAUGUGGUGGGGACGGGGGUUCCUCUUGACCCUAAGGUGUAUCUACUGUUCCUCUCCUAUAGAUCCCUUCCUAAGAAGCCAUUUAAACUCUUUAUGCACAUGGUCCUAGCAGCUAAAACCCUGAUUGCCAAACACUGGAAAUCUCCCUUACCUCCCUCCGAAGUAGAUCUGAUGGCCAGGAUUCGUGAGAUCUGUUCUCUCGAGUUCCUCACGGCAUCCCUUAAUAACACUCAGCCUCUCUUUUCCUCAGUUUGGGAACCCUGGGACAGGUUUGUGGGCCGUCAGCCUCCUUAGCCUGCUUUCUCUUCCUUUAGCUUAUUCACUUUUUUUUCCCACAGCAGGAACACCGUUCCCAUUAGCAGGAGUCCUGCAGGACCAACACUUAUGUGGAAGAGUUCCCACACUUUUUUUUUGCCAGGACCUGAAUAAAUACAUAUGCUCUCAACACACUCACAUCCAUGCAAUAUGUUCAAAUAAUGGACUAUUUUGUGUUGGUCCUUUACAUAAAAUCACAAUGAAAUAAAUUUGAAUCUCUGAUUACACCAUGACAAAAGGUAGAAAUAUCAGAGGGAGUAAAUCCUUUUUUUUACUGUAUACUGUAUGUGAUAACAUUAGUGCAAAGUGUCAUUUGUAUCAAACAAAACCAGUUUGGAUCUGUUAUGUGACUGUUCAGAAAGGAAGCAGUUAAUGGUUGCUAGAAUACGCUGUGUAUGUCUCAGUUUCAUGGCUUAGAAAGUGUAACACAAUAUAUGUCAUAUGAGAAGGUCCAACACGACACCAUUGUGGAGCAUCUCUACCGCAGAAGCCAAAAACACUUGGACAGGCUCUUAUAAAGUAGAAGUAGCAGACUGAAUUACUGUGAGAAGACAUGGAAAGCUCAUUUACAUCAUGGGAAAUAGAUGUCCCUUUACAUACUGAACCUGGCACUGAGCCUGUAGAUGAGACAGCAAUUGAUCAAGACGGUGAAUGUCCCACAUCCAUGACUGAGGACACAAGCCAAUUUUCAGAGAAUUCCCUGGAAAUAAAAAUGAGGGACAUGAUGAAUCUGGACACUACUGGGCAUGAUUAUGUGAUUCUUCAACAAUCUUGUGUAGAAACAGGCUGGAAAGAAGAAGAGUUCAAAUAUUUAGAGGAAGAACCCAAAAUGUGCAAUGAGAAGACUGCCACAUACUGGACGGGUGGUGGAGCUGAAAUUCUCAACCAGGAAGAUUUUCCGGCAUUUAUAGAUGACACAAAGUUUGAUGUUGGUGAGACUGAUCCUCACCUCACAGUACAAAUGGAACCAGUACAAAGCAAUGCAAAAUUUUACCUUCCGCUUAAGAAAACUCUGAGAAACCUCAGACUCCUUGACAUGAAACUGAAAUAUAACAGUCAACAGUUAACAACACAUCCAGAACAUCCAGUAUCAGAAUGUAAUAAUGACUCAGCUUCCAGCUCAGACGAAAGUGAUUCAAAGUUUCCAGAGCCGAGAGAACGAGAUGAAAAUCCACAGGGAAAUGACGGAGAAGCCGACAACAUGUAUUUGAUCGAUCUCCUUUCCCAGUGUCAGUUCAAGCUAGAACAAAUGGAAGAGCUAAAACAUUACUGCAGGAAAAUCUUAUGUAAUCUAUGGGAAGCUCAGGAAACCAUUGAGUAUUUAAAAGAUAAAGUAGCUGAGCUUCAUAGAGAAAAUGUACGGAAAGAAGAAGACAUCUUCCUGCUAACAGAAGAGGUUAUGAAAUGCCGGAGCCUUUUAUGCCAGAAAUCUGAGAAAUUUACCGAUGUGAAAACAAAGCUUACACAGACUGGUGACCAUGGAGAGAGCCGGCAGAUACAACACGAGUUUGCCUCUAUCUACAAAAUAAAUGACCAGAUAGCAGAAAAUACUAAACCCACAGAGAAAAACGUGUCUAAGACCUGUGUUAUUUUGUAAGUUAUUUAAUUAUUAGGAAGAUGUUUUUUUUUUUAUAUGAAUAAUAAAGUUUGUUCAAAAUUGAGAGCUUUAUGUGUAAAUUACAAUGAGUUACAAUUUAGCUACUUAUAUGAAACUCAACUUUACAAGGAAUUGGGAUGAAGGUAUCUGGGAAGUUAUCUGACAGGUGUCUGUCCUGUCAAAGUUCAGACCCCCCACCCCCUCUGUUCAUGGGGUGCCAAUCAGGUCUCUGAUCUGUUGGCACAUCCUGCCAUAAGGCCCUUUUACACAGCAUAAUUAUCAGGUAAGUGAGUGUAUACAGGAGCGCUCGUUCCUGAUAUUCAGCCCAUGUAAAGGGGCCAGUAGUCAACUGAAGAACGAGGAAAUGUUUGUUUAUCGAUUAAGCAUCUUUUGUGAGGCCAAUAAAAUAGUUAUCUGCUGCACACUGC